AUGACAAGAAUUAAUGAUGGUCAAAAUGUAGAAAAUGCUUUUUCCCUCACCGCUCAUAAAGUGCAAGGUUUAGCAUUACCUCAUGUAACUACUUCCGUUAAUAAAUCCUUAUUUGCUAAAGGCCAAGCUUAUGUCGCGAUGAGCUGUGCAACUUCGUGGCAGAACCUCCGUAUCAUAAACUUUGACUAUAACUACUUGAUAUCACCAAGGGCCGCUCUGAAUAAAAACAAAAGGUUAAACGCGAUACAUGCUAGAGGAUUCCAAAAUUUACAAUAA